AUGCAACAGCUACCCGUUUUAAAAAUAGCCAUCGUUGGAUCUGGUGGAGUUGGCAAGAGUGCUCUAACUCUCCAGUUUAUGUAUAAUGAGUUUGUUGAGGAUUAUGAACCAACCAAAGCUGAUUCAUACAGAAAAACAACAGUGUUAGAUGGAGCACAACUACAAUUUGACAUUCUAGAUACUGCAGGUCAGGAAGAUUAUAGUGGGAUUCGAGAUAAUUAUUUUCGCGGUAGUGAAGGUUUCAUAUUGGUGUUUGCUAUUGACGAUGAAGAAUCUGUACGCUCUCUGCCAACGUUUUAUGAGCAAAUUGUUCGCAUUAAGAAUUCUCAACAAGUACCAAUGUUACUCGUGGCUAAUAAAUGUGAUCUAAAAGGUCGUAUUCCAAAAGAUUACAUAGGUGAAGGUCUGUAUUACAAAGAUUAUUGGAAUCUUGAGCUUAUCGAAACCUCAGCGAAGAAAUAUAGCGAUGCGGAAAGGGUAUUUCUUGAAAUUGUAUACAAUAUCCGAGACAAGUGCAAAAACACAAGCGAAGAAAGAAGUGCGCCAUUUUGUAAAGAUCAGCGUCCAGCACUUGUACACAUCUUAAACAAUUCGUGUGCUCCAUUUAUUUGCCGUAGAAUCCGAAUAAAAACUGGAAGCAUGAAAGAAUAUGUCAAAAUCUUGUUACGCUCUUUAUUUUUCAACAAUUGA